AUGUUCCAGCUGCUGACUUCCAGCUGGUCUCGGGUAAAGACAACUGAAGAGACACGAAGGAAUGUGACCAUCAUCAUCAUUGGAUUGGACAACUCAGGCAAAACAGUUCUUGUGGAGGCUUUCCAAAGAUUACUUCCCAGUAGGAUGGACAAUUGUAUGAAAUCUGAAUUGACUAAACUCCUGCUGGAUGAGUAUGAAGUUUCCAUCUAUAACCUGAACGGAGACAUGAAGGGCUGAAAAAUCUGGCCAAACUACUAGGCGCAGGCACACGGACUUAUUUUUGUCCUGGAUUCCAGUGACUUAGGAUGCAUGCAGGAAGUGAAGAUCAUCUUGACACAUCCUUCUGAUACAAGGGUGGUGGGGAAACCUAUCCUAUUGUCAGACUCUGCUUUUGUGCCCAAUUUCCCCUUCCCAUGUACCCUGAGAACCUGGCAAACAAACAAGAAGGACGCCCUCCUACCUUGUGAUACUAUUGAGUAUCUACUCCUAAAAAGGCUAGUGAAUGAGAACAAGUCCCUGUGCCAAGUGGAACCCUGUUCAGCCAUCAAAAACCUCCAAAGAAGGAACCAUAAAAAAAAAAAAAGAAGAAGGAACCAUCAGCCCAUAAUUGAAGGGCUGCGCUGGCUAUUAGCCGCCAUUGAGGAUAAAUAUGAAGAGCUGUGUACUUGCCAACAGCCACUCACCUCAAGCAUUCCAACCUCCAAGGGCACCAGAGGCUCUGGGGAAAGAUGCUCAUCAGACAGGCAGCACCUAGGACAAUGCUAAAUGGAAGCUAGGCCCCUAAAGCCAAUUCUACAGCCGUCAAAUGAAGCUUAUACUUGUCGAGGGGCUCAAGAAAAGUUAGGUGGCAUCCAUUUGAGAAGAAAGAUGACCUUGGCAAAGAAGACUAGAGAUGUUAAGUAUCUGCACCCAGCUGCUUCUCAUGAAGCCUAUGAACAACAUGGGCGUUGGGUGACCAACUGA